CAGGGCGGGACUAGUGAGCUCGACUCAAACGCACUGCAUAUGUAAACUUCUUCUUUUCAUCUUCUUCUUCUUUUUCAUUUAUAGGUUCGUCAAUAAAAAAUAUUUCUUAAUCAUCGAUUUGAUUAAAUCGUGUAAAUUAAUCUGAAUAAUUUAGUCGUUUGAAUGCGUUGGAUUCGCGUCAGAUCGUGUUCCUUUCUUUUGUUCUUUCGGACAAUUGAUGGUUCUUAAACAUGUGGAAUUCAGUUAUCUUUAAGACAAGAUGAGGAUUACUAUUUGUAAAAUAGCGUUCUUAUGUCUCUUCCUGUUGGCUAUGGAUGGUGUGUUUGGUGAUACAGAUGUAGUGUCAGUGAUGGAGGGAGAUUCUGUCUCUCUUAACUCUAAUGUUACUGAAGUACAGAAAGAUGAUCAGAUUCUUUGGAUGUUUGGACCUAAAGAGACGAGAAUAGCUGAAAUCUAUAAGAACAGCAUUGAUAUGUUUAACAGUAAUGAGAUAUUUGGAGACAGACUGCAGAUGGACAAUCAAACUGGAUCUCUAACCAUCAGAAACAUCAGAAGAACAGACUCUGGACUUUAUAAACGACAGAUCCGCAGCCACGGAGGAAACUCAGACAAAACAUUCAGUGUUACUGUCUACGCUCCUCUGCCUGUUCCUGUCAUCUCCAGCAACUCUUCAAUCUGUUCUUCAUCUUCAUCAUCAUCAUCAUCUAAACGUUCAUCAGUGUCUAAUUGUUCACUGCUGUGUUCAGCUGUGAAUGUGAGAGAUGUGACUCUCUCCUGGUACAAAGGAAACAGUUUAUUGUCCAGCAUCAGUGUGUCUGAUCUCAGCAUCAGUCUCUCUCUACCUCUGGAGGUGGAAUAUCAGGAGAACAACAUCUACAGCUGUGUGAUCAACAAUCCCAUCACAAACCAGACUCAACACAACAUCAACAUCACUCAACUCUGUCACACGUGUUCAGGUAACGUACAGCAGGAAUCUGUCUUUAAAUGUAACCAUGCACAGUGA